AUGGCGCAACCCAGGAAUUGGCCGCUCGGCCUUUUGUACCUUCCAAAGCCAAUGCACUCGCGCCUGUUGAGUGAAUCUCAACGAAUGUCUAUAGGCCAGCAGACAGCGGAGCUGCCUGAAAUCCCAGCUCAUAUCACCUUGUUACCGAGUCCUCUGGUGAAGAUCACUCCCAUUACAGAUUUCAAACACCCAGCGAAGGGUCAGUUUGGGCUCUUUGCGGCCCGGCAUAUCAAGCCUGGGACAUUCAUCAUUCCUUACCUCGGGACAGUGCAUCCAGACGUUCCCUCCAAGUCAGACUACGACCUAUGGCUGGAUCGAGAAGCUGAGAUUGCUGUUGAUGCUAGUGAGAAUGGCAACGAAGCAAGAUUUAUCAAUGACUACAGGGGGGUCGCGGAGCGGCCCAACGCUGAGUUUCGUGAAGUUUGGAGUCAUAAAUUCCGGCAACGGUGCAUGGCUGUUUUUGUGCUGCCUGAAGGGAAGAAUGGGCGCGGAAAGGGCGGGAUUGGCAAAGGCGAGGAGAUUCUAGUCAGCUAUGGGAAAGGGUUCUGGGGGCAUCGGAUGUCAGAAGAGUGA